CGUCUUCUCUAGUUCCGCGUUUGCAUGGAGUGAGCUGGGAAGGAAGUCCAAGAGAGAGAGAGAGAGAGAGUGUGUGAGAAAGAGUAGGAGAUCUUACUAGGACUUUCAGGAGGAGGAUUUUAGGUUUUGUUAUGUCUCCCUGUGUGCCUGAAGCCAUGGGGGCUGUGAGAGUGACUUCAAGAAAGCAGACUGACUUUUUUUUAAGAAGGCUUGCAUUUUGGAUAAAAUAGUUCCAACCAGAUAAAGUAGAUUUCUCCUGAUGGAUCCUAAAGGACAACCGUGCUCUGAAACCUCAGGAAUCGACGAAUAAUAGACAUCCCAAGUGAAAGACUCUCUGUCACACAUCUCUCACCUGGGAAAGAUAGGAGCUUGAAGGAAACAUGGAAGCACUGAGAGAAUCGUUUCUUCAUUUGACUUUUCAGAUGUCAACCUAUAAGAGAGCAACGCUGGAUGAGGAGGAACUGGUGGACUCUACCAGUGACGAUGUCUACACCUCAUCCCCCAUGCAGGUGACCUUUUUUCCAGGCCGGCGCACCAUGUGUUGGCCAGACAAGCCACAAAAAGAGAAGAUGCUGAUGCUUUUUGUGUGUCUCCUGUCAAUCGCCCUGUUCAUAUCACUCAUCUCUGCUGGAGUCUUUUACAAUAAAGCUCACCCAGGCCUGUGCCUUUCAGAACCAUGCGUUACUGUCACCAGCACUGUCAUAGGAGCUCUGGACAGAUCUGUGGACCCUUGCCAUGACUUCUACAACUUUGCUUGUGGGGGCUGGGUGAAGAACAACCCUCUCCCUGAAGGGAAGUCCCGCUGGGGUCCUUUUAGCAACCUGUGGGAGCACAACAUGCUUGUGAUGAAACGUUUAUUAGAAAACACAACCAUGAAAGGAUUGAGUAAAGCUGAGAAAAAAGCCCAGCAUUACUAUCAGGCCUGUAUGAAUGAGUCAAAGAUUGAAGAAAUGGGAGCAAAGCCUCUGCAGCAGUUAAUCAGUAAGAUAGGAGGAUGGUCUCUGACUGAACCUUGGGACAAGGACAAUUUCCAAGAAGUUCUCCGAACUGUCUCUGCCAGCUUAAGGACCUCCCCUUUCUUCACUGUGUUUGUUAGCACAGACUCCAAAAACUCCAACAGUAAUGUCAUCCAGGUGGAUCAGUCCAGCCUGGGACUGCCUUCAAGGGAUUACUACCUCAACAAAACGGCCAAUGAAAAGUAUCUUACAGCAUACCUCAACUUCCUCACGGAGUUAGGGGUUCUCCUGGGCGGUUCACAGGAGACGUCUCAGACGCUCAUGAAAGAAAUUUUGGACUUUGAAACCACCCUGGCCAACAUCACAGUGCCUCAGGAGGAAAGGAGAGAUGAAGAGCUCAUUUACCAUAAAGUAGAGGCCAAGGACCUAAAAGAUCUGGCUCCUGCAGUCGACUGGAUGCCUUAUCUGACAGAAGUGUUCGCGCCUGUGGCGCUUAACGAGUCAGAGCCUGUUGUUGUUUAUGCCAAAGAAUACCUCCAGAAAGUGUCUGAGCUCAUAGCAAACACAAAUAAAAGCCUACUCAACAAUUACAUGAUAAUGAAGGUGGUGAGAAAGAUGGUUUCCAUUUUAGACCAACGAUUCCAGGAUGUAGAGCAGCGCUUCCUUGAAGUCAUGUAUGGCACUAAAAAGAGCUGUACUCCCCGUUGGAAGCUGUGUGUCAGCGACACAGACAGUGCCUUGGGCUUUGCUCUCGGUGCCCUGUUCGUCAAGGACACCUUUGCAGAGGACAGCAAAGCCACUGCUGAAGAAAUGGUUGCAGAAAUAAAACGGGCAUUCGAAGAUAGCUUGAAGGAUGUGAGCUGGAUGGAUUCAGACACAAAGAAAGCUGCAAAAGAAAAGGCAGAUGCCAUUUACAACAUGGUUGGAUAUCCAGAAUUUAUCAUGAACGCCACAAAGCUAGACAAAGUAUUCAAUGAUUUUGUGGUGGUGUCAGAUCUUUACUUCCAGAAUGUCAUGCAGUACUACAACUUCUCUGCCAGAGUGACUGCAGACCAGCUGAGGAAAUCUCCCAACAGAAACCAGUGGAGCAUGACCCCUCCAACUGUAAAUGCGUAUUACAACCCAACAAAGAACGAGAUGGUUCUACCAGCAGGGAUCCUUCAGGCUCCGUUCUAUAGUCGAUCAUGGCCCAAAGCUCUCAACUUUGGCGGGAUUGGAGUUGUCAUGGGUCAUGAAUUGACUCAUGCGUUUGAUGACCAAGGAAGGGAAUACGACAAAGAUGGAAAUUUGCGCCCUUGGUGGAAGAAUUCGUCUGUGGAGGCCUUCAAGAGGCAGACCCAGUGCAUGGUGGAGCAAUACGGCAAUUAUAGCAUCAACAAGGAGCCUCUGAAUGGAAGACACACGCUGGGGGAGAACAUCGCUGACAACGGAGGAUUAAAAGCUGCUUACAAGGCCUAUGUAAACUGGAUCAAAAAGAAUGGUGAGGAAGCAACGCUGCCGGCCCUGGGAAUGACGAACCAUCAGCUGUUUUUUGUAGGAUUUGCACAGGUGUGGUGUGCUGUCCGAACACCCGAGAGCUCUCACGAGGGGGUAAUUACUGAUCCCCACAGCCCAUCAAGAUUUAGAGUCAUCGGCACCAUCUCCAACUCAAAGGAAUUCUCAAAGCACUUUGGCUGCAAAGCAGAUGCUCCAAUGAACCCGAAACAUAAGUGUGAGCUUUGGUGAAUCCUUGCUGAAUAGCACUGUCUUUUACCAAGCGGCGAAGUGGUCGGUUAGAGAAAAUACCACGAUACUGACAAAGUCUUGUUGGACAGAAAUGCAAGAACCACUGAAACCCUUGUUGCCGUCCCACUUAAUGGUUGUCAGGAUCCUUAUGUGGACAUGUGCCUGCUUCAUUUGGAGGACCAGAGUCUUUGCUGCUUCACCACAAGGACUGUUAUUUUAGAAAAUAGCUUUAUUUAGCUUAAAUGUAGCAGUAAAUGUGUUUUCUACACUGGAAACCCAUUAAAUAGUUACAAAAGUACAGGAAUUGCUCAGAUUAUGCAAACUGCUUGUUCUCCAAGUGACAAAGAAGCAAAGUAAUGUUUCUUUUUGUAUGUAUGUUAUCUUUAACUAUGCUUGGAUCUGCUCUGGUUUAUUUAUAGUUAUAUCUAUUUUUUUAAAACAACAACCUGCAAGAUUUAUAACUGUAUGAUGUUUUUAAAGUUGUAUGAUUGUUUGUUUUUAUUUUGCAGCUUUGUCAUUAAGCUGUUGCAAUAUUUCAAAAACAUUAUGUUAUAAAAAAAGGUGUCAUUCAGAACGCAAGCAAUUUCUAAGCCAUGAUGUAACAUAAUUUGUUUUAUUUGUAAAAGUUUAUUUCAAAUUAUUUUGUUUAGUAAAAUCAAUCUUAAAACAUACUUGAGUCAUUUUCACAGAUUAAUUGUGGUUUCAAGUCGGUGUGAAAGUAAGGCUGUCUCAGCUUUCAUGUCAUUUACGCACAGGUUCACGUCAGUAUCUGAGAACAUUAUAAAAAAGUUCAUGUACCUCAGUA